AUGUCGGAGGCCUCCUCCGAGGACCUGGCGCCGCCCCUGGCGGCCGGUGAAGCCCCGGAUGGGGAUGAAGAGGCUGCUGCGAAGAAGCGGCCGAGAGGCCUGGCCGCCGUGUUCCGCGUCUUCACCAAAGGGAGGAAGAAGAAGGGUCGGCCCGGCUCAGCAGAGCCCGAGGGCGACUCGGAGCCGCAGUCCAGGCCGGCUGGCCGGCUGCCCACAGUGGAGGAGCUCAAGGCCGACCUGGAGCGCGGGCGGCUGGAGGCGGCGGGGCCGCUGCUGGCGCUGGAGCGGGAGCUGCAGGCGGUGAUGGCGGCGGGCGGCAUGAGCGAGGAGGAGCUGCUGCGGCGCCAGAGCAAGGUGGAGGCGCUGUACGUGCUGCUGCGCGACCAGGUGCUCGGCCUGCUGCGCCGGCCGCUGGAGGCGGCGCCGGAGCGGCUGCGCCAGGCGCUGGCCGUGCUGGCCGAGCAGGAGCGCGAGGACCGCGCGGCGGCGGCGGCGGCGGCGGCGGGGCCCGGGCCCUCGGCGCUGGCGGCCACGCGGCCCCGGCACUGGCUGCAGCUGUGGCGGCGCGGCGUGGCGCAGGCGGCCGAGGAGCGCCUGGGCCAGCGGCCGGCCGCGGCUGCCGAGGGCCGCACGGAGGCCGAGCGCGCCUUCCUGCACAUGGGCCGCACCAUGAAGGAGGACCUGGAGGCCGUGGUGGAGCGGCUGAAGCCGCUGUUCCCCGCCGAGUUCGCCGUGGUGGCGGCCUACGCCGAGAGCUACCACGAGCACUUCGCGGCGCAGCUGGCGGACUUGGCGCAGUUCGAGCUGAGCGAACGCGACACCUACGUGCUGCUGGUCUGGGUGCAGAACCUCUACCCCAAUGACAUCAUCAACAGCCCCAAGCUGGCAGGCGAGCUGCAAGGAGUCAGGCUUGGGAGCCUCCUGUCCCCCAAGCAGAUCCGGCUGCUGGAGGCCACGUUCCUCUGCAAUCAGGUGGCCAGCGUGAAGGAGCUGAUGGCCCGUGCCCUGGAGCUGGAGUCACAGCGCUGGACCCAGGAUGUGGCUCCCCAGAGGCUGGACGGCCACUGCCACAGUGAGCUGGCCAUUGACAUCAUCCAGAUCAUCUCCCAGGGCCAGGCCAAGGCCGAGAGCAUCACCCUUGACCUGGGCAUGCAGAUAAAGCACAUGCUGUUGGUGGAGCUGGCUGCGUUCCUCAAGAGCUACCAGCGUGCCUUUGAUGAAUUUCUGGAGAGGUGCAAACAGCUGAGAAAUUACAGGGCCAAUGUCAUCGCCAACAUCAACAACUGUCUCUCCUUCCGGAUGUUCGUGGACCAGAAGUGGCAGAUACCACAGGACCUCCCGAGCCACCUGCUGAGCCCCCUGAAUGAGCUCAAGAGUCAUGGCGUUGAUACCCUGCUCCAGAACCUGUUUGGGGUCCUGAAGCCACUGUUCAAGAGGUUCACACAGACCCGCUGGGCGGCCCCCGCGCAGACCCUGGAGGAAAUCAUCUCCGUGGUGGGCGAGAGGCUGCCUGAGUUCUCUGAACUGCAGGACUGUUUCCGGGAGGAGCUCAUGGAGGUUGUACACCUGCACCUGGUGAAGGAGUACAUCAUCCGCCUCAGCAAGCGGCGCCUGGUCCUCAAGACGGCAGAGCAGCAGCAGCAGCUGGCAGGGCACAUCCUGGCCGACGCUGAGCUCAUCCACCGCUUCUGCACUCAGAACGGCUCCCCGGCAACCUGGCUGCAUCAUGCCCUCCCCACGCUCGCAGAGAUUAUUCGCCUGCAAGACCCCAGUGCCAUCAAGAUCGAGGUGGCCACGUAUGCCACCUGGUACCCUGACUUCAGCAAAGGCCACCUGAGUGCCAUCCUGGCCAUCAAGGGGAACCUGUCCAACAGUGAGUUCAGGGGCAUCCGGAGCAUCCUGGACAUCAACACGGGGGUGCGCGAGCCCUCUAAGUCCCUGUUUUCACUUAUAAAGGUUGGUUAG